AUGCCCAAGCCCGUCCUUUGGCUCCGCUGCGAAAAGAAAGAGUUUGAGCGCCGUGCCGCUCUCACUCCCACCACCUCCAAGGCUCUCAUUGAUGCUGGUUUCGACAUCUUCGUCGAACGUGACCAACAGCGCAUCUUCGAUGACUCGGAAUACGAGGCCGUCGGAUGCAAGCUCGUGGACAACAACAGCUGGCCCUCCGCUCCUACUUCAGUUCCUAUCAUCGGAUUGAAGGAGCUCCCGGAGUCGACCGAUCCUUUACCCCACACUCACAUCCAAUUCGCCCACUGCUACAAGAAGCAGGGCGGCUGGUCAAAGGUUCUCUCGCGAUUCCAUCGCGGAGGUGGAACCUUGUACGACCUCGAAUUCCUCAACGACGCGAAUGGUCGUCGAGUCGCUGCCUUUGGGUUCCAUGCAGGAUUCGCGGGCGCUGCUGCGGGCGCUCUAGCUCUCGCGGCUCAACGCAAGGGAGAGACCCUUGGGUUGCUGACUCCCUACGAAAAUGAGAGCGCCAUGGUGAACCAUGUCAAGGAAUUGUUGGGCGGCAGUGGCAAAGGAGUAAAGGCCCUUGUUAUCGGCGCGCUCGGCCGUUGUGGACGCGGUGCCGUUGAUCUUUUCAGGAAGAUUGGACUUGAUGAAGAUAACAUCCUCAAGUGGGAUCUACCCGAAACUGAGAAAGGGGGACCUUUUCAGGAGAUCCUUGACGUUGAUAUUUUCGUCAACUGCAUCUAUCUUACUUCUAAAAUCCCUUCUUUCAUAAACCAUGAAAGCAUCGCUGCUGCGGGAAAGCAACGGAGAUUGUCUGUGGUCGUUGAUGUCAGCUGUGAUACGACGAACCCUUUCAACCCGAUCCCCAUCUACAACAUCAAUACGACAUUUGAUAAGCCUACGGUUCCUGUCGACGUUGGGGAGGCGAAACCGCCUCUUUCUGUAGUCUCGAUUGAUCACCUGCCCACGUUGCUGCCUCGGGAAGCGUCUGAGCAAUUCAGCAGCGACCUGUUGCCCUCGCUGCUCGAGUUCCCGACGCGUGCGACGGCGCGGGUUUGGACAGAGGCGGAACAGCUGUUCAGGGAAAAGCUGACUGAGGCCGCAGCUGUGGAAGGCCUGUAG